AGCACGUGAGGCUUGAGCGCUAUUAAGCCGUUCCAGCUGCAAACACAUUUAUCAAUGCAAGCAACUGUGAUGAACUCAUUUAGCGCCCCUCCAUUACCUCCAGGGUGGACGGAGCACGUUGGACCUGCGGGCCAACCAUACUACUACCACGCCGGGACACGAGAGUCUACCUACGUUCGGCCACUUCCUGCGUUCCCUAUUAUCCCACAAGCUAUCAUCCCGCAGCCUCCAAAGAAGAAAGACAAACCGUCGGUAAAAACCCCGAUACCUGGCACAGAAUGGCUUCGUGUAACGACGACGGAGGGGAAUAUAUUCUAUUCACACAAGGCCAAGAAGCAGAGCGUGUGGACCGUGCCGGAGGAAAUAAAAGAUGCUCUUGAAGCAUUCGAGCGUGCCGAGAAACAUGAAGAUGCGCAGGAUCAACAACAGGAAGCAAAGGGAAAGGACGUCGAGAAGUUGGGGUUCGAGGAAGAGCAGGAGCUCAAACGGAUUAAGACAGAAAUGCAGAGCCUUGUAAAGCGAAAAGCGGAAGAACCUCAAUUUUUGGACGAGGUUGUGAUUUCGAAAAAGGCGCGAGUAGAAGAAGAGGCUGAAGGCGAAGAGGAGGAGGAGGAGGAAGAAGGGGAGGAUGAUGAUGACGAUGAGAGCGAGGAGGAGGAGUGGCAACGCGAGGCUGCUGCACAACUCGCUGCUGAAGCAGAGGAGGAGAAGAAGAGGCUGGAAGAAGAGGCCAAGUUUGCACAGGAAGCGGAAGACACAGAAGCAAAGAAAAUGCAAGAAAAUGAGAGGUCUCAGCUCAACAUGCCCGAUCGUGUCGAUCUCUCUAUUGAAGAGGCUAAGGCAUUGUUCAAGACCUUACUUAGGGAAAAGGAUAUCAGUCCUUUACACCCUUGGGAUACUUCAUUACCCUUGUUUAUAUCAGAUCCGCGCUACGUUCUACUCCCUUCUGUUUCAGCGCGUCGUGAUGCAUUCGAUGAAUACUGUCGGGAUCGCGCGCGCGAACUACGGCAACAAAAUGUCAAGAAAGAAAAGGCAGAAGCAAAUCCUAAGGAAGAGUAUGAACGACUUCUUAGCCAAGAAGUGAAAAGCACGAGAACAUCCUGGUCUGACUUUCGAAGGACAUGGAAAAAAGACCGGCGAUUUUACGGAUGGGGGAGAGAUGACCGAGAACGAGAGAAACGAUUCAAGGAGUAUCUCAAAGAGCUCGGAGAGAAAAAGCGUAUAGCCGCCGAGAAGGCGGAGGCGAAUUUCUUUACUCUUCUGCGGGAGAGCGGUGUGGUCAGGUCAGAUUCAUUAUGGAAGGACGUGAAACGAAAAUUAUCCCAUGACGCACGAUACGAUGCUGUCGGGUCUUCGUCUCUGCGUGAAGAGCUAUUCCAGACCUUCCUCAAGGCACACGGGUCUUCAUCUUCGCAUUCAACCUCUACUAAAGUUACAGAUGAGACGGGAAAACACGGUACAGAAGAAGAUGCAGAGCAAAAGCGCAGAGACAAGAAGGAACAAGCCCUCAAAGAACGUGAACAAAAGGUGAGAGCUGAUCGUAGUCGUAUGGACGCCGAAAUAGGGCGCUCCAAGAUGGGUCUGAACCUGGAGGAAGGUGAAAGAGAAUUCCGCACACUGCUUACAGAUGCAGUGCGAGAUCCACAGGCCACCUGGGAAUCGAUACGUCCCCAACUACAAACCGAUCCUCGAUUCAAUAACUCCCCUCUCCCUGUAAAUCAGCAAUUGCAUCUCUUCCAUACACAUAUGAGUCAGUUGCAGAUGAAACAUUUGGCCGGUCUACAUUCGUUGUUCCAAGCCCAUGCUCCAUCCUUAGCAACACCAUUCUCUGCUCUUCCGCUUGAAUCCAUAUUAAAAUCUCUUCCGGUGACAAAACUCGACUUUGACACUCGUGGUCUCCAGCAAGAAUACGAGAAAUGGCAACGCGAACGGACAUACGAAUGCAGAAAAGCAUUCGACGAGAUGCUUGCGGAGAACUCCUUUGUUGAGUUCUGGGGAAGAUUGGGAAAAAUCGGAGGUGAAGGAGUCGAGGGAGGGGUCAAAGCAGAUGAUUUAGGUGAGGAUGAAGGCGAAGGUUUUGGUGGAAAGGUCGACAUGAAAGCGCUCGCAAAGAGUGUGGACCUUUCGGACAUCGAGAAAGUGCUGAAGAAUGAUAAGAGAUACAUUAUGUUCGAGCAUGUGGCAGCACAGCGAGAACGAUGGUUAAGGCACCAGACAAGAGACCACUCCCGUUCCCAGUUGACUCACUCGACAAUGCGUCUGCUGAGUCCUCUAAUCCUGUCACUUACAGCCCUCUCGUCAUGCGUUCUUGCGCAAGAUGCAGGUGCUAAUAAGGUUAAAUAUGACUACCAGAGCGAUGUUGCACGCCUGCGCAAGAUAGUUGUCAACAGUCUUUACUCAAACAGGGACGUGUUCUUGCGGGAACUCAUUUCAAACGCCAAUGAUGCACUCGAAAAGCUUCGGCUCACCGCGCUCACAGAGAAGAGCGUAUGGGAUGGUGUCUCCCCUCUGAACCUCACCAUCAAAACGGAGAAAGAUCCCAAUGGCGAGGGUGGUCGUAUCAUCAUUACCGACACCGGGAUUGGCAUGAGUGCAGCGGAACUGACAACUAACCUGGGUACUUUGGCAAAGUCCGGAACUUCUGACUUUCUUGCGGGAGUGGAUGGCGACGACUCGACCGCAACUGGCAAUCUUAUUGGUGCAUUCGGGCUUGGUUUUUACAGCAGUUUCCUUGUGGCAGAUAAAGUUACCGUUGCAUCUUUAUCCCCAUCCUCAUCCAAGAAUCCUAACCCUAUCCAGAAUGUCUUCAGUUCUUCUGCGGAUGAGGGUUCAUUCGAGAUAUACCCUGACCCACGCGGAAAUACCCUCGGGCAUGGAACUGAGAUUACACUUUAUUUGAAGAGUGACGCUUCCCAUUAUCUUGUGACCUCUAACCUUAUGAAGCUUGUUAACCAGCACUCUGGAUUUUCGACUGCCUUCCCGAUUUACAUUUGGUAUGAGGCUGAGGAAGAAGUUCCCGACGUAGACGAAGAGGUUGUUUUAAGCGAGCAAGAAGAGAAAUCUACUGACGUGGAUGAGGAUGAAGCCGUGGUCGAGGAAGAUGCAGAGAAGGAAUCCGCAUCUCCCAAGAUGAAGAAGGUCAUAGUUGGUCACUGGGAACACUUGAACGCGCAGCCUCCCCUCUGGAUGCGCGAUCCAAAGACAGUCACUGAUGAAGAAUAUGAGUUACUGUACCAGGCAACCUUCAAAGACUUCCAGAAACCCCUUGCAUGGCAUCAUUUCCAUGGUGACUCGGAAUCCGGCGUGUCUUUCCAUGCUCUCAUUUACAUUCCCUCGCGUUUGACUGAGGAGUUUUUCAACAAGCCACUCGAUAAUUCGGCAAAAGACGUCAAACUGCUGGUGAAACACGUGUUCAUCACCUCUGACCUAGGUGAAUAUGGCUUGCCGAAGUGGGCUAGCUGGGUGAAGGUCAUUAUCGACGCUGAUGACCUCCCAUUGAAUGUCUCUCGCGAAACCCUCCAGUCCAGCUCUUUCCUCAAACAGAUCAAGCAAAUUAUUUUACGCCGUCUCAUUCAGCUCUUUUCUAAAAUUGCUGAAGAAGACCAGGAAAAAUAUGCAGAGAUCACGAAGCAUUAUGGUCAAGUCUUGAAACUGGCCGCGUCAGAGGACAGUAAAAACCGCCAGAAACUGGCAGCUCUUGUACGCUUUGACACAAACCAACGGGGAGCCGUAUCGUUUGACUCGUAUUUGGAGAACAGGAAGCAAGGACAAAAGCAGAUUUUCUAUCUCGCUGACAUGGGCAAAUCCAUCGACCAUCUAUCUCAAAGCGUGUUUGUAGAAAAGUUGCACGCCCGCGGGUACGAAGUACUGCUUCUGAACGAGCCAUUGGACGAAAUUAUGCUUCAAAGCAUCCGAAAUUGGAAGGGUGUCCCAUUCCAGGACGUCGCCAAGGCUGGAUUGGAUUUCGGAGAUGACACCCAAGAGGAGAAGGAUGAAAUCGCGGAACUGACAGACAAAUACGCUCCCCUUCUUGAGUGGUUGACAAUUGAGGCUGGUGACAAUGUUAAGAAAGUGAUCGUCUCUAAUAGGCUCGUCACGAGUCCUUGUGCAAUUGUCGCAGACAGCAUGGGUUACACAGCAAAUGUCCAGAAGCUCAUGAGUGCCACAAGCCGCGGGGCCCAGCAGAAUGAUGCUAUGCAAGUCUAUAUGAAGAAGCAGAAAGUUCUGGAAAUCAAUCCGCGAUCGCCGUUGAUCGAAGGCCUCCUAGAACACGUCGAGCAAUUGAAUGCAGAUGGCGAUGACAAAGACCUAGAUUCUGAGGCACAGCUCAAAGAGGUUACUUCUAUCUUGAUCGACGGGGCUCUUGUUCGUUCCGGGUUUGAAGUUGCCAACUCCAACAUGUUUUUGACUCGUGUGGAUAGAGUGCUCAGGCGAUCACUCGGUGUCUCUGAGACCGCACCGACAGAUGACACCGUGAAACCAGCUCCUCCCGUUGACCCAGAGUUGCCUAGUGACAUACCCGAUCCUGAGGAAGUGAACAGCAACCAGAUUCAAUUCGAGAUGGAGGAAAUUGAUGAACAUGGAAAUGUUGUUCACGAUGAACUGUAAUGUUGCAGUAGAUCUCAUAGCAGUUCAGGCUGGUCAAUAAUAAAAUCAAUGUCUAUUUACACCUGACCAAACGACUCGGACUGUGUACUUCACAGUUGUGAGAAACGAUGACAGACAGAAUUUCUGGGUAUACCAAGGCGAAUAACGUACAUAAGAUAUAACGGAGUAUCAUAGGGGGUAUCGGUAAUAUUGAUGGUAAGGCACGCGUGGAUCAGUACAUAGUUCGUGGUUGGUUGUCAAGACACGCGCUACUUGGUCUGUUUCACAGGUUAGAGCGUUUACAUGUUCAGCCAGAAGUGUAGGCAAAGCUCCGUCAUGAGGUGAGGUCGAGAGCGGUCCAGCGGGAGCAGUUC